AUGGUUUUGUAUGAACUGUUUUCAGGUCUGCAAAAAGUUACUUGGUUACUUUUUUUUUCUGUCUUUUUAUUUUGCUGGUGUGAGGUCAUUUCAGUGAGGAGUGGUUAUCCUCAUUUUUUAUGGGUAUUGACCAGGGAUCAACUCUUAUGACACUGUGCAUGUGUCCCUCCCCACCCAACCCCCCCUUCUCUUUACCACCAAAGAUGUUUUAAUUACAUUUUUCGUAGGGAAGAAAUUUUACUUCCUUAAAUGAAUCCCGUUUGUUUUACAGAUGGAGCUACGGGGUUCUCCUCUAUGAGAUUUUCACGAUUGGUAAGUUACUUGGCAGAUUACCAGUCCAGUAAUUUUAGCUUCAGCAAUUGAGGGGACAUGAAGUCAUGAAGUAAGCAGGGUGUACCAGUCUCUGUAGAAUUGGUUUUCGGUCAUACCAAGCCAGUUUAGAUUGCCAAAGUCGCUGGCCUUCGCCGUGAAAAAAUUGUUAAUGGAAAUACAUCUGUGGAGCUUUUCAUUUUAAAGUAUAUUAACAUUACCUGCUCUAUUCAGGUGGUUCACCGUAUCCAAGGAUGAAUGGAAGGAAGAUUGCAAACUUACAUCAAGAGGGAUACAGAAUGCAUAAACCACAACAUGUGGAUGAUAAGUUGUAUUAUAAUAUUGUUUCCUGAUGGCUUUUAUUGAAAGUAAUAUUUGUGCCGCUUUUUGUUCGAGUUGCAUGUACGCCCUAAGAUUCAACCAUCUUUAGUUGCUGAACCAGCCUAACGAAGGGAAAUGAAAGAAGAACUACACCAUCAAAAGUUGGUAUCUGUUGUAUAAAUCGUUUAUCCUUUAUCAUGACGAGAUGGAAUUUUUAGACCAAAAAGGUUGCUCAUUAGGGAUAGGUCGAACUGUUUCUAAUUAAACUUUUUUUUGACGCCCUUUUAGGUACGACAUAAUGGCAAAAUGUUGGAAAGACAAGCCUACCUUGAGACCAUCUUUUGAGAAGUUGAGAAACAAACUCAAGGAAAUGGAAAACCGGCACAAGGUAGAAUGGUAGAGUUUACAAAGAGACUCAUUUUGUUCUUUUUUUCCUUUUCAAAGUUUGAUUGUUAGAAUCUACAACCAUCAACUAAACUUGAUAACGGCGUCACCAUAAAGGCUUCGUAACGUAGUUUAUGGUUUCAAUUUAUUUCGCUUUUACAGCAGUUUUUAAUUGAGUUGAAAACUAAAACUAAUCCCAGCCUGAUCACAAACGUUUAUCUGAGCUUAAAAGGUUGCCUGAUUCAACUUUGAGUUCUGUUGGUUACUGUUGAUGUUAACCUUUGUUCUGAUUGAUAGUUGUGAAUAGUUUGGGCUUAGUUUUUCAAGGGUUAAGUUUAGGAUUAGUUGGUUUUUCGACAAUCAAUCUAAGACUUCUCUAUCUAAAAUUAAUAGUAUCAGUUAUGUACUCUCUUUCUAGGUAAACAAUUGAAUAAACCCUCGAAAGCUUAACAGGGUAUAGUAUAAUUUAUACCCAUUUUUGUGUGGGAUUUCCCACACUUUGUCAAGGCCCGCGAAAUUUAUUUCUUUAUUUCUUUAUUUAUUUGUCCACGAGAGAGAAGUGCUUGUCACGUGGUUUCUAUUUGCGUUCAGUCGGCGUUUUUUCAUAGUAUAUUGUACGGCGGCCAUUUCUCUUCUCAGUCGUUGGGUUUUGGAGAACUUAUUCGGAAUUUCAUGUUUGUUUCUUGGGGAUUUUUGUUUCCAAGGUAAGGAUAAGUCAUUUCAUAUUUUCACGGGUUCUUUGCGUGCUUUAACUUUUCAAUUUUGUUGUGGGAGCUUCACGAUUAAGCUCUCACGAAAGGCGAUUACGUUUGUACACCUGGUUUGUGUUCUUUCUUUCAUAAUCUGAGGCGUUUGUUUCGUUAUUUCUUCAGGUGUCUAUAACAGAAGAUUUUUUCACGUAAGUCAACACGUUGAAACGCGGCUUGUGUUCAGUGCAGGUUGCACAGGAGCUUUUACGCUUUCACAAGCCAACAUUUAUCGGCUUGGACCUUCGGUGCGGGUUAUGUCAGAUUGAAAGGAGUCAUUGUACUCUCGCAAGCCAACAUUUGUCGGCUUGAAUGUAUUUGUGCGGGUUGCGCUUCAAAGAGUCUCAGGGUGUCUCAAAGUGUCUCACGAGUGUCUCAAAGUGUCACAAACUGAAAGAAACUAUUGUUUGCCUUGAACUGUCAAGAGUGUUAUCUAUUUUAAUAAACUGAGUUUCUAGUUAGUUGGAUUGUUGUUGUUGCUCGCUCAAGCACACAAGUAAAUAUGGGGAUCUCCAUUGACCAAUUCCGUUCAAGGAUUGGAUCUCAUGAAGAUUUACAUCCUGAUUUUAGUGAAAACUAUGACCUCACUGAUGAUCUCAACAUUUCAUCAACUUCGCUGAAUAAUGAACCACUGAUAUUGAAUGAAUUACCUGAUUUCGAUUUUCGUCAAAUGGUCCAGACACCCGAUAAAGAGCAAAAAUAAUUUUUUUAACACAUUUUACAUCAGAUUAAAACCUCAGAAACCCCUUUAUACUGCUUCCUCAGUGGAGGGGCUGGUGUUGGCAAAUCGCAUUUAACAAAAGCUUUGUAUCAGGCAGUGCUUAAGUAUUAUAACACUAGAGCUGGUGAUGAUUUUCAUCAGAUCAUACUUAUACUAUUAGCUCCAACUGGUAGAGCUUAAGGGUAACACUCUUCAUAGCACUCUGGUCAUUCCUGCCAAUCAAUCAAUAAGAAAUUACAAACAGCUUGAUUCAAGUAGACUAAACACUUUGAGAAGUCAAUUGAUUUUUGUUGAUGAAAUCUCAAUGGUAGGAAAUGGUAUGUUUGCAAUACAGCUUAACAAUAGGCUUAAAGAUAUAAAAGGCUGUAGAGAGGAUUUUGGAGGCGUGAGCCAUAAUUGCUAUUGGUGACUUAUUCCAAUUAGAAUCUGUUAUGGAUGCUUAUAUUUUCAAAGACCUCAAAAAUGUAGAUUUAUGCUGUUCUUUCUCCCAGUUUAUGGCAUAAACACUUUGAAAUGUUUGAACUUAAUGAAAUCAUGGGUCAAAGAGACAGCAAAUUGUUUGUAGAAUUACUUAAUAGGUUGCGUAAAGGUAAACACACAGUAGCUGACAUUGCAAAACUUAUUAUAUACAAAAGAGAGCUAUACAAGAAGACAUCAACAACCCAAUAGAUGCACCUCACUUAUUUAUACAGAAUGCUAAAGUAGAUGAAUUUAAACAAAGGGCCCAUAAUGCAGCCACAGGAAACAAAUUCACAAUAAAUGCUCAAGAUAGUGUUAUUGGAGCUAUCUCUCCAGAGCUAAGAAACAAAAUACUAAGACAAAUACCCAAUGAUCCAAGAAAAACAAAACAGCUAGCCUCAACCCUUUGUCUUGCUGAGGGUGAAAGAACACACCUUGUCAUGAAUGUACGAACCGAAGAUGGCAUGACAAAUGGUGCUGGAAAUGUUGUUAAACUAGUUCAGUUACAUCAACAAACCAAACCAUCUGGUAUUGUAUGGGUACAAUUUGACCACUCAGAUGUAGGUCAGAAAACAAGGAAUGAAAAAAGACAUUUGUAUGUACAAUGAAUUGAACACACAUGGACCCCAGUAAACCCUGUGACUACACAGUUUGCGGUAGGUAGAAACAGAACAGCACAAGUUGUUAGAAAACAAUUUCCACUGCGUCCCGCAGCAGCAAAAACAAUUCACAGGUCACAAGGUGAUACUGACAGUAGAAUUGUUGUGGAUUUUAGUACCAGAAAUACUAUUCCACACAUACAUUAUGUGGGACUCAGUAGAGUGACUGCUAUAGAAGGCCUAUAUAUUUCCGAUUUGUGUGAAAGCAAGAUUGCUGUUAAUCCAGAUGGAGAGAUUAAGAACAACUGCAAAACUUAAGCUUUGCAUCUCCCUUUUCAUGACAUAACAUUUUCCCUUCUUAAACUGUGUUAUCUUAAUGUAAGGUCUCUUCACAAACACAUAGAAGACAUACGUAAAGACUUAAUUUAUCUAAGUGCUGAUAUCAAUAUUUUCACAGAAACAAGAUUUAAUUCUCAAGAUAAUAAUGACAUGUAUGACAUUGCUGGUUAUGUUCUCUUCCGUAAUGAUAACCUUAAUUCCAGCAAUGGAUCAAGGUCUUAUGGUGGUACAGCUGUGUACAGUAAAAUCCCAUACUUACCUGGAUACCCCUAUUGUCACAAUAUACAUGGUGUUGAAAUAACAGUAAUUAAGUUAGCAAGGUUUGAGGAUUGGACAAUCAUAGGGAUAUAUCACUCCCCAAACGUGCCUGUAAGACAACUUUAUGAAGCAAUAACUGAGGUAUUAAAUAACAUUUCACCAGACAACAAUAUCAUUACUAGAGACUUUAAUAUAAAUUGGCUUGUUGAAACAGACAGAAGACCUUUGUAUAAUUUACUAGUGAGGGAUAACCACUACAAACAGUUCAUAUCAACUUAUACAACUGACAACAACAGAGUAAUUGAUCAUAUAUAUACAAAUAUAUCUAACAUUGAUAUACAGGCAGAUGUUUUAGAAACAUAUUUCACAGAUCAUAAAGCUGUUUGGGCCUCAUUUCACGGUGUCCUAUAACAAAUUACUUUAUCAUGAUGUACAUUGUUUUUAAGUUAAGAGAGCAACAAAAGAAAUCAGUAAAUAGUUAUGAAAAGAGUUGUUUCUCUUUUUUCAGGGGAAUUUGUAAUGAGAAACUUGCAAAACUAUUAAUAAGGAAAUGCUGCUUAUUCAUUUGGUACCAGAACAGGCCUUUUAAAAUUAAGUUUGAAGUCAUCUUUCUAAGAGUUGUCCAGUUUAACAACCAUUUACAAAAGACAAAAAUAAACUACAUAACACACAGUCCUGAAAUUUCAAGGCAGCUCCUUUAGCAUCUUGGCUAAUUUCUAACUGCAACCUUUAUUGACAACCCUGCAUUAAACAAUUAUUCCACCGUUAAGUCUGCAACCCCUCCUGAAAUACUCCAGGAUACCAAAAAAACAACAACAAGCAAACAAACAUAUUAGUGAAGUGAGCAAACAACCACAUGCGAGACUUUCACGUAAUCUAAAAUUCGUGAUUGCAGCAUUCCCACGUGCGUAAAGUGCUUGUAACUUACGGGAAACACACGCAUGUUACACCAAAAAAACCCACGUGUAGUACAAGAGGCCGAUUACUCGCAAUUUCUCGUAGUUUUGAAUUUCCCUUUUGUUUUUCAGAACACCCAUAUACCUGUACUUUUUUACACCGAUGCGAUAGAAAUUAAUUGGAAAAACAUUCCUUGAAAUAGGAAGUCGUCCUGUAUUUUCAGCGAAAAAGAUUGUCAAGUGAUCAAAACAACACCGGCCAGAUUAUAGUCACGUGCUCGGCAACGACUUGUGGAAAGCGAUCAUCUUUCAUUCUUACCAUCAAAACAGUCACGCUUGCAUAGAAGAAUAACAAAACGAAACGAUUACAACGGAAAGACCCAAAUUGGCGUAGAAAGAAAUAAUGCUGCAAAUUACCAUUUUUUUUAUGUCAUGUGUACAUGUUUCCGUGGGAAUUUCUGUGUCAACAGCUUGCUAUCACUCACAAACUCUUCGUGAUUCUCGCUGGUCCUCGUUAUGUUCAGCGCAUGGACGAUUCGAAGACGCUUCAAAUUUGGUUUUUAAGUUGAUCAUAGCACUAAUCUGAAACAUUUGAAGUCCAUUUCAAUAUAGUAAAUGUCGAAACAGGCGUGUAAAGACAAUAAAUAUCGCAACGAUCAGUGCAAUCAUAAUAGCGCCACGACUUUGGACUUACUUCUUCGGAAGGAUAGAUCUCGAGUUCGAAGCCGACUAAUUACGACUAAUUACGAAGAGUCCACGCUAAUUUGCAUAUCGCAGAGCGCCCACAAGAACUCGUUUCUACGCUAUCGUGUAUCCACGAGUUAAAAAGUAGUAGCAGAAAUUUUUUCAAUUUUUUUUCAAUGACUGUUACGAAAAUAUUUACUGCUCCAAGUAUUUCCAGUAUUGCCGUAAAAACCAAAUAAAUAGCCUAAGCCACCAAGAGGUAAUUUAUUUGUUGAAGACGAUUACCAAACGUUCAAAAACAUAUUGCUUGAUAAAAGGAAAAGUUAAUACCCCAGAUCCCUCCUGUGAUUCUAUAUUUGUUCAAAUAAUUCCCACACAAAAAUUACUAUUCAGACUGUUGAUUACAGGCCUAAUAUCACCCCUGUAGUACAGUUGACUCACAGUGAGCGACAGGUUUGCUUCCGCUCAAAAACCCCUUGCAAACACUUUGUCAAUGAAAUCCCACACAAGUACGCAUUGCGGACCUAUUUUUUAUAAUUUUUCGUAUGUCUUUUUUUUUUUACAGGGGCUGAUAAACUUAAAAAAUUACGAUGAUCGACUCUACGUUAACAUCGACGAUCUUGCAGUGUGA